AGAAGCGAAGCGAAGAGAAACCCAAGCAAUCCGCCCUCAUCCCCACUCGCCACGAUGCUCGCGACCGCCUCGCCGGGCCUCCACGCCGCCGCGCGCCGCCUCACGCCGCCGGCGCAGGCCCGCUGCGUCGUACGCCUCCCGCGGCGGCGCGCGGGACGUCCCGCAUCGCUGCGCGCGACGGCGUCGGCGGCCGCGGCGGAGGCAGCCCCGCCCGCGAAGGAGGGGGCGGAGGAGCUGGGGUUCCAGGAGAUGACGUCUGGGACGCGGCGGCGGUACUACAUGCUCGGGGGCAAGGGCGGGGUCGGGAAGACGAGCUGCGCGGCGUCGCUGGCGGUGCGCUUCGCCAACAACGGCCACCCGACCCUCGUCGUCUCCACCGACCCGGCGCACUCGCUGAGCGACUCCUUCGCGCAGGAUUUGAGUGGCGGGACGCUCGUGCAGGUAGAGGGCCCUGAUGCGCCCCUGUUUGCGCUCGAGAUAAAUCCUGAGAAGGCUCGAGAAGAGUUUCGGGCAGCAAGUCAAAAUAAUGGAGGAACUGGGGUUAAGGAUUUCAUGGACAGCAUGGGUCUCGGGGUGCUUGUUGAGCAGCUUGGAGAGUUAAAAUUGGGGGAGCUGUUGGACACACCACCACCAGGAUUGGAUGAAGCAAUAGCAAUUUCAAAGGUUAUGCAAUUUCUUGAAGCACAGGAGUACAGCAUGUUUAGCCGCAUUGUAUUUGAUACUGCCCCAACGGGGCAUACACUUCGGUUACUAUCAUUGCCAGACUUCCUGGAUGCAUCCAUUGGGAAGAUCCUGAAGCUGAGGAGCAAGAUUGCUUCUGCCACAUCAGCUAUUAAAUCAGUAUUUGGACAAGAGGUUCAACAGCAGGAUGCAGCCAACAAAUUGGAGCAACUGAGAGAAAGGAUGGUAAAAGUGCGAGAGCUUUUUCGUGACACAGAAUCAACAGAGUUUAUAAUUGUGACAAUCCCAACGGUGAUGGCAAUUAGUGAGUCAUCAAGGUUGCAUUCUUCGUUACAAAAGGAAAGUGUGCCUGUAAGGAGACUCAUCGUGAACCAAGUUCUACCACCUUCAACGUCAGACUGUAAAUUUUGUGCUAUAAAACGAAAGGAUCAAACACGUGCCCUGGACAUGAUAAGGAAUGAUCCAGAGUUGAUGGGGUUGAACAUUAUCCAAGCACCACUUGUGGACAUGGAGAUCAGAGGUGUUCCAGCUCUCAAGUUUUUGGGUGAUAUAGUGUGGAAGUAACUUAUCGAGGAAAGUAAAUCACUUGACGGUGCUUAAUAGCUCGAUUUAACUGUUAGCCCGUCGAGAGCUGCUGCCCAAAUGCCCAAUCGAACUGUUUCCAAAGUGUGAGCACGCUAGCUAUCAGCUUGUGCAGUUCUUUACAGUUAGGAUGCUGGUAGCAUAUGCCCAUGGCCUAAAUCUGAGCAAGUGGCCUUGAAUUGGAGGGGUUUGCUGCACUAGCGUGUGGUGACAUUAACAUUUAGCAUUGAGUCUGGAUUGGAUUCAUCUCCAGAAUCCAGAUUAUGACAAUCGAGACGAGAUAAGUAGCGUUUUAUUAUUCCAUAGAGGCUCAGAUAACGAUGUAUGGCCUUCUUGCUGCAUGAUUGUAAAAACUUUGUUUCUCUAUAUGGAACUUUGUAAAUUUUGUACAAGAAACGGCGCAUGUGGCCUUCUGGCUGCGUGACUGGGUAAAAACUUUUUUCUUUCUCUAUAUGGACCCUGCAAAUUUUGUACAAGAAAUGAGUCUUCUCCCUC